GGGUUUAUCUUCUCUCUCUUCAUUUCUUUCACACACAAACCCUUCGCACUACCUGAGGAAGAACUACGAAGGAAAAUAAGCCGUCAGUAACAAUGGUGAAGCCAAGGAAAGUUAGCAGAAACCCAGAUCUUGUCAAGGGUAUUGGCAAAUUCAGCAGAUCAAAGAUGUACCACAAGAGAGGUCUUUGGGCUAUCAAGGCCAAAAACGGCGGCGUCUUCCCAACCCACCCACCUAAGUCUGCGGCUCCAGCUCAAGCCGAGAAGCCGGCUAAGUUUUACCCAGCCGAUGACGUCAAGAAGCCAUUGAUCAACAAGCGCAAACCCAAACCCACCAAGCUCAGGGCAAGUAUCACACCUGGGACAGUGUUGAUUGUAUUGGCUGGAAGGUUUAAGGGAAAAAGAGUUGUGUUUUUGAAGCAACUUUCAUCUGGGUUACUUUUAAUUACUGGUCCCUUCAAGAUUAAUGGCGUUCCUCUUAGACGUGUCAACCAAGCUUAUGUAAUUGGUACCUCUACUAAAGUUGAUGUUUCUGGAGUGGAUGUGUCAAGCAUUGAUGACAAGUUCUUCGCAAAGCAAGGCGAACAGAAGAAAAAGAAGGGAGAGGGAGAAUUUUUUGAGGCAGAGAAGGAGGAGAAGAAUGAACUUCCCGCCGAAAAGAAAGAGGCUCAAAAGGCAGUUGAUGCUCCUUUAACUAAGAACAUUGAAGCCGUCCCUGAGUUGAAGGCCUAUUUGGCAGCAAGGUUUUCAUUGAAGUCAGGCAUGAAACCUCAUGAGCUUAUCUAUUAGAGGAGUUAACUAGGGAGUAGUAGCCUUCGCUUAAGAUUUUGCUACCUUCUUAUUAAACUGUUUUCCUGUUUUCUCAUAUGUUUGUUUUACUAUCAAUGACGUGGGUAUUUACGAAUUUGUAUGUGAUAUUACACUCGUAUGAAAGCCUUCAAAUUUUGUUA